GAAGGCGAUCGAAAAGGCUGAGGCUGCCCAUCAGAAACGCAUAGAAAAAUGUCGUCCGCAAAUGGAACUGGAAGAACGGAAGAAGAAGAAGAAGAAGGACCACAACAACGCUGCUGAAGAUGAAGAUUCGGAAGUAGAGGAGGAUGGCGAAAGUUCCUCUUCUUCUGAUGAAGGAGAGGACGAAGAUCAAGAUUCUGACGAUGAAGAGUCUGACAUGAUCUCCAUUGAGGAUAGUGAAGAUGAAGAAGAGCAGCAGGAGCAGGGUGGGUCUGACGAGGAUCGGACGCAUGAUGGGCAGCCAGGAGGAGAAGGAGAUGGUGAACAAGCACAAGCUGGUGGUGAAAACGAUGCGGAAGACGACGAGAUGACUGAAACAACGACCUCCUCCACGACUCCUCAGGAGCGCGCGAAAAAGGACAAAGCACUCAAAAUCGAGAGCAUUGAACACCGAUCUUUGUUUCCAGAGGUUGCGUUGAUCCCGCAUUCCUGUUCGCCUAAUGUAAGCAUCACUACAGGAGGCUGGUAUUGUCCCAAUUUAUCAUCGUACGAUACUAAUACACAAAUACUUGGUACAAAUCCUGGAAAUUCUAGCACCUCCAGUACUUCGACUACUUCUUCAAAUGCCACUAUUGGAGGCGAAUCCCCAGGCUCUACUGCAUCUACAAGUUGCAGCACACCAUCUUCAGAGGUUGCCGCGACGUCCUCUCCCUCCACGGAGGACACCUUGAUGUCCUCACCAGCUGCGCCUACAACCGCGACGAACAGCACCACCAAGAUGAGAAC